AUGGGUCGAUCCCCAUUGUACUUGUGCAGCCUGUGCAGCCCUCCACCUCCUCCUAGGAAUCGUUCGACAUUGGCCCGACUCCUUGGCCACGUUUCAUGGGAUAUCGCCAUUGAUCGUCCUACACCCGAUGGUCUUGCCCUUGAGGUGGAACAAUGUGUAUGCCCUCCUGGAUAUAUAGGAACGUCGUGUGAGGACUGCGCCCCUGGAUAUGAGCGAUCCGGCCAAGGACCUUAUCUUGGCACUUGUGUACCCAUUCAGCAAAGACAACCCCAAUGCACAGGGCCUGGAGUUGUUUCUCCCUACCCUGGCCAUGAUGGUCGAUGUACUUGCAAGACCUAUGCACAAGGUCCUAACUGCGAUCAAUGCCCACCAAACACAUUCUACAUGUCGUCUGGCAACCCGCAAGGAUGUAUCCCAUGCUUCUGCUCCGGUGUCACCCAACAGUGCCAGUCAUCCAGUUAUCGGCGACAACUGGUUUGUGUUUGA